AUGUUAGGUACAAGAACUGAGAGUCAAGUUUCUGAGGAAGUGUCAGAUGUCAGUCAGCCCAGUGGUCAGUACAAUAGUGAAGAAGAUUAUACUCUACUUCAUAUGCCAAGUUCACUUUUGGAACGACACAUCAGAUUUGAUGUGACUCCUUCCAUCUCUGAGAAUGCUACCGAGUCCAUUGAUAUCUCUGACUCAGAGGCUCCAACAGAAUAUCAAAGCACAGUUGAAGAUCAAAAUGAGUCUGCAAGUGCUUCUGGUAAGAAAGUUAAUGAAGGAGAUUUUCCUGAUUACGGUCGAGGCAGUCCUGAUGGACUUUCCACUGGUCACACUGUUGGAUCUUCUUCCCAGUCUGUCACCUCAGAUGAAAUUUUAAUUAUUGAU